GUGUGCUGUCUGCUACGUCACCACUGCACGCUCGUGUCGGGGGGCCUACGUCACAGCUGCACAUUCGCCAGAUAACGAGAUGAACACAGUUGUCUAUGCGACCUUCUAGCCGGGGCUAAGCUUUUAUUUUCUUUGGAUAAUACAUUUUUAAAAACAUAAAAAGUUGGAUUUGCCGAAAGAGAAGAAUUACUAACGAAAGUAGGGCGUGCGAGAUUAUUUCAAUCACGAUAAUAAGAUGUUGACAUGCACUAUGUGUUGGUCAAGCUGACCCAGCUGUGUUGGUCAAGCUAACAGACCUGUGAAGUGGUCAAGCCUAAAGGACCUGUAUGUUGGUUCAGCUAAUUGACCUAGCUGUUACAUCUAGCCAUCUGAUCUGUGAAUUGGUCAAGCUAACUGACCUAGCUGUUACCUCCAGCCAACUGACCUGUGUGUUGGUCAAGCCAACUGACCUAUCUACCCAAUGGAGCUGCACUGACCAGACCUAGGAUGGUGUCGGUCUAUGAGAACCAGACUCAGCCCGGCCCCAGACAUGACCAGAUCAGGAGCCCCGAGGACGAGGGGGAGGGGGAGGAGAGGACCAUCACCAUCUGCAUCAGCCUCUCCGUCGUGGCCGUCAUCUUCUGCGUCUGCGCCAUCAUGUGCUACCGCGAGGUCAGCAGACGACGCAAGGAGAUGCUUAUCUUUGAAGAGCACCUCAGAAGGGAGGUAAUCAAACGAUCGAUCCAGAUGAAGCUAAAGCAGCUACAGCAGGCUGAAGACUCUGGAUCCUACCGCGCCAAAAUGGAGGAAAAAGUCCCCGUUGUCACCUUCAGCGACGUAGUCCAAAUCAAUCCGGCUCUAACUCCGGCGCAUUCAGAAGAGGAUCUCUUAGAGAAGCCGGCCCACAUCCCGGCCCGCCGGAACUACAGCCCGCCGGCCCCCCGAGCCCACCACUACCGCCAGCAGCGUGUGGUCCACCCCUACCAGAGCUACUACAACAACAUCGUCAAGCUCCAGCCGCCAGCCCGCGCCAAACCCAACUCGCGGCGGGCGCAGAACGGGUCUCCACACAAGCCCAUGCUCCCCCAGGGCUCGCCUUCUAUAAACAACCACCAGCACACUAAGCAGACGAGCAACGGGAGCAGCAGACAGUACCUCCGUGAUGACAUCUCUCAGCACCCCCUGGGGAUGCCCCUCAAGGAGCCUUCCACUCGUUCCUUGUACACCUAUUUCAGACGUGUUUUUUCCCGCCAAGAAUGUCCCAGCAGUGUUCCUGAGCUGACAAAAACCACGACCAUUGAGCUUCAUUAAAUAGCUCGGAACUAAUCUAUUUAUGUUUGGGAUUCUUCUUCUGGAUGACCUAAUAUUGUGGACUAUGCUGGAAUAAUUUAUCGAUUUCAUGUGCUUUUGAUUUUCUUUACGAUCUGGUUUCACGGCGAGAGAAAUUGUGUUGUUUAUUUCAAAAUUGGAAUUAUUCACGGAGUUUUUGUUUGCAUUGUAAUUUGACAAGUUCUUUGAAAUAUUCGUCAGAAUAUUCUGAAUUUACAAACGGUUAUAUCGGCAGUGACUAUAAAAUAAAACAGCUUAGAUAAAAAAAAAACCUUAAUCUAAUUUCAAAAGACCAAUAUGGUUCGCUCAGGAGGGUAGUAUAUAUAUAUAUAUAUAUAUAUAUAUAUAUAUAUAUAUAUAUAUAUAUAUAUAUAUAUAUAUAUAUAUAUAUAUAUAUAUAUAUAUAAGCUCAUGAUAAUAUUUCUAUAAUUCAGCUGCUGCUGUGGUGUUUCCACUUCAUCUGUCGGUGCUCUGAACUAAGAUGUUUCUGGGUUUUAUGUUGCUUUUCUUGAUGCGAAUUGUUUUAACUAGACUGAAGUAUGGCAGUUGGGUGGGUAAGUGGCUGUUGUAGCUGUUGGAUGGGGGAGUGGCUGUUGUAGCUGUUGGAUGGGGGGAGUGGCUGUUUUAGCUGUUGUUUGAGUAACUGACCUACUUGAACCACAGAGUUAAUGGCAAUUUGUUUUCGUUUGCUUACCAAAGAGAUGCAUUUAUUUACAUUGAUGUAUUGCAGAUAGGGCUGCUACAUGUAUUAAUGGGCUAAAAUGUCCUAUGUUCAAAUGAAAGUAUCAUUAAGCCCCCUGUUAAGUUAUAUGUAUUAUUUUUUAUAAAAGUAUUGUGGCAAGAUAAUAUAUUUUGGUUAUUCGAGUUGUUCACAUGCUGGAGUAGAUGACCUGUGGUGUGUUAUCAAUGGUGCAGCUACCAUUUGUGAUGGUGCAGCUACCAUUUGUGAUGGUGCAACCACCGUUCGUGAUCGCGCAUGCAUGUGUGUAUCUCAAUGGCAAGCUGCUUAGCGAAAUAAAUAUGUAUCAUAAAAUGUUAACUUUAAUUUUUAAAACUUUUUUUUUUCUUCGUAUAAACAUACCAGUUGCUGCAAUUGUUUUUAAAAUGAAAAUUGAACGUGUAGUUUUAAGUCUAAACAACCACAGCCAGUUAUAUAGUGGAAUAAAGUUCUACAGCGGAUUGUAAAACAGCAAAGUCUAUUAUAUCUACAGACGUUUUCAUUCAUUGAAAUGUCUUUGCUCAUCCAAAGUGACAAACCGGGACAAAGGCAACUAUACACAAAACAAGCUACUCGUUGUCAUACCAGCAUAACUUUCAAUAACCUGCUGAUCAUUGUUGCUUCGGAUGCCGGCACAACUCUCAGGAAUGUUUCUUAUUCCUAAAGUAUCUGACCCGACUUUAAUACGAGUUGACCGGAAAUGACAUUUUGUCCGCUGACAAAAUGCGGCACGGAUCUUUUUAAAUUUGUCUAUAACAUUUAAAAGUACAAAUGUGUAAUUUCUGUAAAAACUGUGUUAUAAUCUUGUUUUGUAUAAAACUGAUCUUAAUAUGUUACGACUGAUACACUUAUCCCAACCAUAUUGAAUUAUUUUGGUUGUGCCUUUUGCGAAAGAUAUUUUAGAUAGCCUACGUAUUUCUAUCUGAAUAUAAACCACGUGGUACAACAAACUAAAUUAUAAUUGUAACUAUAGUUAAUGACGUGUGUUGUACAUUAACAAUGUUGUUACAAGCACCAUGCGACUUGUUCAAAGCUGUUACUGUUAACUGUUUAAAAUAAAGUUACAAUAAUAUUAAUAUUCGGUCUUACCAUAUAAGCUUAUCCUUACCCAAAGAUGGUUCUUCUACCUCACCCCCCCCCCCCCCCUCCCAUUCUCACCCUCCCACACAAAUAAUUCAUUUUUAAUUUCAUGCUAAAUGACAAGAGUUUCUAAUACGUUUUUACUAGUGUAACGUUUAGAGUUAAUUAAUAUCCCUCAGUAAGGAGUUAUACCUUAACUCCCACACCCACACACACACUUGUAAAAACACCACACACCAACCUUAGCUUUAAAUCGUACAUUCCUUGCCUUAUGUUCACUGCCUAUGUGUGUGGCCAUACAUUAAGCCAUAUUGCUGCAGUCCGCUUUGAUCAUUUCCAUGAACAAUAUAGAUGAUAUUGUACUCGAUUGUUUACGUAACCUUCGCUCAACAUUCUGUUAACUACGUCAUCAUCACCUAGACCACCGACUUUCUUUUAAUCACAGUGCCGGAUAAAUUAACCUCAUUCUGGUUCCUUUGUCUUUCUUCUAAUUUUCAAAAAAGUAUUUUCAUUUCUUUUAGAAUUUAUUAUCUGCCAACACAAUUUGUUUUGCGGUAAUAAAUUGUACUUUUACAAUGGCUGUUGUUAUCUUUAAAACAUUGUUGGAUUGCACUUUUUAUUUUUGUUACUAGAGUCUAUCCUUCCAGUGCAUUGCAUGCAUAAUUUUAGUUUAGUUUCGUAUCUCUUUGGUUGCUUUCUUUUAAUGAGAAUAUUGUUAAGUUUGGUUUUAUAUAAGUUUGGUUUUCAUUUUAAGUAAAACAGUAUUUUCAGAAGUAAAAAACGAUUGUAAAUUAAGUAUAAAUAAACUUUUUUUAAAAGCUUCCUAAGACCAAAGAUAAUAUUCUUGCACUGUGAUUACUAGAUUUUUAAGUCGUAGUUGUUUCCCCUGUUUGUUUUACUACACGUUGACGUCACCAUCAGAUGACCUACUAAACAGUGCAUCAAGACAACACAUACGAAUGUGUAGCAGCUAUACCUAUAGUAUUCACUCUUUAACUUUGAUUAAAUUAUUCCCUUUGUUUGUUGCUUAUUUUUCAGAUGAAAAUGUUACCGCUCAAAAAGAAAAUAAAG